AUGGCUCAGGGCAUAACUUGCAGAUCGGGCCGCUGCAACUGGAAGCAGAGCCGCUUUACCACCGUCGCCGAGCGGCGUGCAAGUAGCAAGGGCUGGCGACAGUCACGUGAUGAGUUUCUUUACGGCGGUGUUUUUAAAGGCCUUAUGGACACAGUCGGGGCGCCGGAUGUAAGGCUAAAGUUGCUGGAAUUCCACUCUGUGCUUUGGGACUGCGGGGCCAUCCAUCUUGACCGAUGUUUGUGCGACUCCUCCGGCUGCGGCGACCACUACGAAUGGAUCUUGCGACAUGUGCAGCUAGCCGAAGGCCAGUUUUACACCCUUGUGGGCUUCUCUUUGCUCUACACGUUCGUUUCCCUGGUGUUCUUCGCUGCGCCACUGAUGAAAAUUCAGCGCCGCGUUUUGGCAGUCGAGGCCGAUCUACGUUACGUGCUGGUGCGGCUGCGAGAGCAUGCUGAAUCCGUUGCCUUCUUCCGCGGCUACAAGUAUGAGCGACAAUGUUCCGAGACGGUCUUGGACCAUGUGAUCUGGUCCAGCUACAAGUUUGCAGCGAUCGAGCUGAUUUACAAGAUGAUCACCGGUGUGGUCCAAGCAGGCUUUGGCCUCAUGCCGAUGCUCGUCAUUGCACCCAUGUACUUCCGUGGCACAGUGUCCUUUGGCACGAUUCAACAGAGCCAGCUCCUCUUCCAGACCCUCCUGAGCGGCAUGAUGGAUCUGGGCAAGGAGCUGAACGACAUUGCCAAGCUGGGUGCGGAGUCUGUCCGUGUCAAGGAGAUUUGGGCUGCUCUUGAAGCCAUCGAGAGGGACGAGGCGAAAUUUAGGCAUCCCGAUGCAACCGACGACACCCACGACACCGCGAGUACAACAGCGACCUCGAGUGAAGCGAGCGGCAACGAGUCGUCUGCUGUCUCCGUCUCCGACGUGGAGCAGCCCGCAUCCGGUGAGGCCCUUGAAGAUCUCGAGAUGCACGAGCACGACCCGGAGUCGACAAAUGUUCGCCUUCAGCUUGCUUGCGUGACGCUCUACCCACCGCUGUCAAGCCUGCCACUGAUAUCGAACUUGACGCUGACACUGAAAGAAGGUCAGUCACUGCUAAUCGAGGGUCCCAGCGGCAGUGGAAAAUCUUCACUGCUCCGAGCUAUAGCAGGCUUGUGUCAUCGCGGCUUCGGAGCAAUACAUCGGGCACCGAUAGAGAGGUGUUUCUUUCUUCCGCAGACACCAUACCUGUGUAUCGGCAGCCUUCGAGACAAUGUUCUUUAUCCAGCACGAGCUGGCGAUGCAGAGGUUUCGAGCGAACAGAUUCGGAUCACAAUGCGAAGUCUGGGCAUCGAACAUCUGAUCGAUCGUCACGGCCUCGACGAGCGGCUGGACUUUCAAGGGAUGCUCUCAGGUGGCGAAAAGCAAAGAUUGAGCUUCGCGCGCUUACUGCUACAUCCUGGUGUUCAUCUGGCCUUGCUGGAUGAGGCCACCUCAGCUCUCGACGAAGAGAACGAGGCGAUAGCUUACAACCAGCUACGAGAAAACGUUCACUGUUACGUCUCCGUGGGGCAUCGGCCAGCUUUGGCAAACUGCCACAGCCUUCGGCUACAGUUGAGGAGGCUGGACGAUUCUCUCGGAUGUCAAGGCAUUGUCUCCUCGAUCAGUUUGGGAUCUCCACAUGGAGAAGGGUCGCCGCAGUUAUUUCCAGGGUCUUCCCAGCACCAGCUCUGA